AAAGGCUUCGUCUCAUAAAUGAAUUCUCAAAUUGGACUAGUGAUGAUGAUGGGCUGGACAGGUUUAUUCAACAAACUCAAUUGGAAACCCCUGAUCCUCGUUAUCACAUGCAAUGGAUACCUUUUGAGAGUUUUAGUGACAUAAAAUUUGUUGCUAAAGGAGGUCAUAGUUCCGUAUUUUCGGCAACAUGGUUAAAUAAAACUGACCAAGUUUGGGAUGGCGCUAAGCAGGCAUUUAUAGAAAAGCCACUUAUAGUUGCAUUAAAAUCUCUUAAAAAUUCUCAGGAACUUUCUGAAGAAUUUCUAGACGAGUUUAAGCGUCACGGUAGUCUCAAGCUUGAUGGCUGUGGUUAUAUCGUUCAUUGUCAUGGUGUUACACGUAAUCCAGAAACACAUGAGUAUAUGAUGGUUAUGAAUUAUGCUGAAGAUGGUGAUCUUAGACAUUAUGUACAAAAGAAUAUGACCGCUCUUCGUUGGAAAGAUGUCGUUGAAAUGUUAUGUAGUAUUGCAAUGGGUCUUUUAAAUGUACAUAAGAACG